AUGGAUGUACGUGUGCGUCCAAAACCAGAAAUUGUUAUAAAAGAAUCUAAAAGAGGGAUAAUAUCAAAAAAAACUUAUUUUUUACAAAAAAUAUUAGUAGAACAAAUAAAUAGAUAUUAUUUUCCAGGAUUUUUAAUACGAGAUUGGAAACCUAAAGCUGAUCUUAUUUAUCCUUCUACUACAGAUGAGAAUGUUAUUGAAUACGAAUGUGACUUUAAUCGGGAUAUUCAAAAUUGCUUCGUCGAAGAUUUAGCCGAAGAAGUUUAUUUACGUAAUCCUCCUCCUUGUUUCGUCGUACUCGGAAAAUCUGGGAAUAAGGUUCGAAAAUUGUGUCGCGAAAUUGCAGAGGAAUACGGUAGCGUUUUACUCGAAGUAGAAGAAAUAAUCCGUCAAACUAUUAAUACUGAAUCUCAGACAGCUGAAUUUUUAAAAAAACUUUUACGUUUAGGAGUUCCAUUAUCUUUUAAUUUUAUUUUGGCCUUGCUUUCCUAUGUGGCACAUUCUGCAGAAGCAAGGCAUCGUGGAUACGUGUUAAGUGGAUUGCCGUGUGCGCCUUUUCGAUUUGAUUUAUCCGUUGAACAGCAAUUAAGUUACCUUUUUACUUGGGAAAACAAACCUAAUGUAUUUAUUUACGUUGCUUUUGAAGAUGAAGAUUUAAUUGUUUUGAGAUCUUGCGAACGAUAUGAAAUAGUCAAUUCAUCCGAAGGCAAUAAAUGUUGCAUCAUUCCAAGAUUUUAUUGUAAGGAAAUUACAGAAGAUAAUAACAAUGAUGAUGGUGAUGGUGAUGUUAAUUUGUGCGUUUCUAAGGAUGAAGAAAAUUUAGAUAUUGAUGAAGCGGUGCUGGAACCGGAUAUAGAUGUUUCUCCUUCCUCUCCUUGGAUUACUCAUCCUAAAGAUGAAGAAUCUCGCAUUUGGGAGGAGUUACAAACUUUUUACGAAAUUAUUCAACCGGCAUUGCAGUUAUUAAAAAUACGUGUUGAUCCUCAAUAUUUUAUUACAGUAGAUUCUAGAAUACAAAAUAAUUUUGAAAUAAUCAAAGCUCGUUUAAGCUUGUUACAAAUUCGAAAAGUACCUAAUCCAGUUCCCAUUUUUCCCCCGUCGGAAACAGAUAAUGUUGAAAAAAACAAUGAAGAUAUUACAAACGCGACAGAAGUUGAUGAGUCGCCUCAAAAUAAUGAAUUAAAUAAAAGAUUUAAUAAUAAAAACGAUGAUUUAGAACUUCAAAGUAUUAUUAAAGAACCUCCGGAAUCGGCUUUUUUAACUCUUUUAUCUAAAGAAACUCUCUCACCGAAAUUUCGAUGGGAAUUAUCACAUUAUAAUUAUGUUUGUCCAGUGGCGUUGAGAAACGGUGAAAUAAUUGAGGGAAAAACAGAAUUCGCCGUUAGAUUUAUGAAAUACAUAUAUUUUACUCACGAUAAAGAAUCCAUGUUAAAAUUUUUAAAAAAUCCUCGACCGUUUGUACUACCAGUAAGACCAAAGCCACCGAUUCGUAUUUUCAUCAUCGGAUAUCCAUUUUGCGACAAAACAAAAUUAGCAGAAGCAAUAUCAAACGAAUUUGGUGUACCGCUAAUUGAUUUAAAUUCCGUUUUGAAAGAAGAUUUAGAAGCUAAAAAAAAUAUUUAUAUAAAACAUUGCAAAGAAAAAGCAAUUGCCAGAGAAUUUUUCCGAUUGACGGCUUUAUCGUGGAAAAAUUGGAGAUUAGAAGAAGAAGAAAGAGUUUCCCUCAUUGAAGAAUGCAUUGAAUUUCUUCAGUCGCUUUUAAAUCGAAGAAUAGAAGAAUUUUAUUCUUUUCGGAAAAAAAAAGUAAAAUCUGUAGAUAAAAAGAAUAUUUCAAAAAAUCGAACGAGGGAUGAUUUUUCAGUAGAACAAGAAGAAGAAGAAGAUGAUGAAGAUGAAGAUGAAGAAGAAGAAGAAGAAGAUAGGUCUAAAAAAGACUCGGCAACUAAUUUAACAGUUAGAGGAGUGCCGAUAACAUCCGCAUCUCGUACUUUCGAAGCGAGAAAUGUGGUGACGCCGGAUAAUUAUUCAUCACCAUCAGUUAAAAUAAUUCAGGCUCUUAGACACGAAGAUUACGAUUUUUCUAAAAACGGUUUAGAAUUUGAAGCAAAUGUUUUUUUUUCAACGUUGUGGAAUAGUUUUUUUGAACGUAUGAGAAAUUUAAAAGAAACUGAAACUCAAAAUAAAAAAUAUCAAUCUGAAAAUGGAGAAGAUACAGAAUACGAGGAAGGUAGCGCUGAGUUUUCUCACUAUGGAGAAGACUCUUCUCCAAGUAACAUAAGCGUUAAUUGGUGCAAUUUAUUACCUCCUCAAUCAUUAUCUAGUCUCUUGUUAAAAAAAAAACCUUAUUCGACAAGGGAAAGAAUAAAAACUUUUAGAAUUUUAUUGGAGGCAGCAUCGAAAGUAUACUGGGAACCGAGCACGUUAAAAACGGAAUUUGCUAAAUGGCGAUUGCCGUGCUAUAUGGACAUUCCACUCUGUGAACUUUUAACGGAUAAUCCCAUAUUGUUGUACAAAUACUGUCCGGAAUGGAUUAAAGAGAGGCCAAUGAUACCAGAUCCUAUAAGUUCAAAUCAUCCGACAUUGGUUCAGGCCGGUCAAGACGCAGUAAAUCGUGCUAAAAUCGUAAGUUUGCAUCACUACAAAGAUGAAAUAGGAACACUGCUAAAGAACGAAAUAGAAAAAAUUGAAAAAGAUAGCAUGAGAAUCACUGGGGAAAUUUUAUCACCAGGGGGUUGGGUCGUAGAUAACAUGUCUUUGGAUUUCGAAGUUUGGUGUGUAUUGGCGAGAGAAAAUAUUUUUCCUACUCAUAUAUACGUUUUAACGGAUUCCGAACCGGAUUACCGUCGAAUCGUAACCAUUUGGUACAAUAAAUUUUUUGAUUAUAUCGAUUCUCAAUCAUCGGCAAUGAGUGAUCUCGAGUUAGACUUAAUUCGAAAACAUGGAUCGUCCAAUAAAAGUUUUGAAGAUUUCGGAGAACGGGAUGAAUCGGGCACUGAUGUUCCAGUAAGUGUAAAGGAAGAUAUUCUUCACAAGUUAACUGAAAGUUGCAAGAUGGUUUCACAAGAGGAAAAAGUGUUAGAUGAUAUAUUCAACGUACUUAUUUCAGACAGUAGCGUUUAUAAAGAAAAAACAACUCAGCCGUAUAUCGUUGAUCCCUUUUGUUAUAAUGUUCUUCAUGAUAAAAUUAAAAGGUUAUUCGAUACUUCCGAAGAAUUGGCACUCGAAGAAUCAAGCAUAUUAACAUCGAAUUUUUCCGUACGAGAAAGCAGACUUUCACAUUUAAAUCGUCAAUUGGAUGCUUCGAUGCAAGACUUUCCGCUCGGCACUAAAUUACAAUUUUUUACAAAUAAAGUUUUAAACGUUUUGUCUAAACAUCCAUCCGACGAAUUCAAUUCAGACGAGGAUGAUCAAACCUAUAAAAAAGGCAUCGAAUUUUUUUUCCUACUUUUAUCAUUGACUGAAAGAUUAAAAGACUUAAAGGAAUGGUUAAGUUUAAUUAAAAGAGAAAUUAAAUGGAUAGAAAUCGACGUUAAUGGUAAAAAAACAGACGACGUAUUUUCAAACGUAAUCCACGAAUUAUAUUCGCCGUUCGGUAAAAAACCAAGAGAACUCCUCCCGUACGAAAUCGAAGAAGUUAAAAAAGCAUUUGAAAUGGAAAAAAAAAUGAUAAGAAAAAUUGAGAAACACGAUGAGAAUUACGAACCUGUAAAUUUCGAUGAUGAUGAAAAUGAUGCGUUUGAAAAAGAAAUGGAAAAUUACGAAGAUGUUAGAAUUUUCGGAGAAUCCGGACCGUUUUGCAUCGUUAACCUUGAAAGAAAUAUUCUUCUCAAAGGAAACGUGGAACACGUAUUAAGGUAUUACGGUAAAUUGUAUUGUUUUUGGAAUUCGGAUGCAAAAGAAAAAUUCAUUGAAAAUCCGGAAAAAUAUGCUCCUUUUUAUUCUCCCAUACGUAGCUUGCCACCGUUAAGAAUUUUCGUGGUUGGACCCUUUGGAGGUAAUAAACCUCAUUUAGGAUCCUGCAUUUCCAAACAGUGCAGCCUUCACUACAUAGAUUACAUAAGACUUUUAAAUAAACAAUUGAUCCCUCACGUAAAUCCUGCGCCGAACAAAAUAAGAGCUUUGGAUAAGCCCGUGUUACUUUCGAACAGUCACAACGCGAACGCGAAAAAAGCAUUUUUAGAAUUUAAAGGUGCUUCUUUUAAAAAAAGACAAUUUUGGUUGGAAAAUCCUCCGUUUUACUUGGAAAACGAGGAGCAAGAACAGCAGAUUCGAGAACUGUUAGAUCUCGAAGAAACGCCGGUUGAUUUAGUAAAUGUUAAUUUAAAUUAUGAAACUCUUAAUUCUUGCCCCGAAGACACAGUUGAUUUUUUUAAUUUGUCGAAAAUCGACGCGGAAAAAUAUUUAAAUAUGGAUCGCCUUACGACUUUGUUAGAGAACUACAUUCACAGCGAUGCUACGCUAUCUGAUUUUUGCAUACAAAAGUCUUUGGGGAUCCUUUGGAAAGAGGAACCUUACGUGAGGGAAGGUUUCGUAAUGAAAGAUUUCCCAAUGAAAUUAGCAGAUUGUCAAACAAUAUUAAAUAACAACUGGUUACCGGAUUUUAUAUUAGAAGUAAACAUAACGGAAGAAGCGGCUAUACAAAAUAGCUUAGAAAAAUUAAUGGCCGUGUGGGAAAUAAAAUUAAAUAAAGAAACGGCCAAUGAGCAAUUGAUCGAAGAUGCAGUAAAAACAAUACAAGAAACAAGAAUCAAUUUGAAAAGGGUUGAAUUGUUAAUGUCAAGGGAAAAACAAAAGGAAGACGACGAAGAACAAGUAGAAAAUGUAAAACAAAAUGUUGUUCCAAAAAAUUCGUUCCAGAAAAAAACUCAAGACUCCGAUAUAUUAAAAGAAAGUAGGAAGGCAUCGUUGAAAAUGGGUUUUCAAUCUCCUCUAUCAUUCGAUAGGAGCACGAUUUCCGAUAAGGUACACAGCGAAAUCGAACAACAACUUAAAAGAGAAUUUCCUCCCCUCAAAUUCAGUCCGAAAUUUGAAACUUACGAGGAAGGAAAAGCGAGAAUACAAGAAGACAUCAAAUACAAUUAUCACAAAGACGUUUUGGAAAUGGUUAAAAUAAAAGGUCAAUUGAAAAAUUUAGGAUUGCCAUGGUAUACGACUUACGAUUGUCACGACUUGACAAAAGUCUUUAUUGAACUCGAUAAAUUUAAAAAAAGGAAAAAUCAAAGAGUAGAAUUUGCAUUUCCGGUAUCACCGGAAAUGGCUGAAAAAUUAUUAGAUCAGGGUUUUUAUUUUUUAAGUAAAUUUGGUAGAUUGUGUCCGGUUCAAGCGCAUCGUAAGAAAAAUCCCGUUAACAUGUUCAGACCGUUCAGUUUGAGAAAAAAAAUAUUUCCGAUAGUUUAUCGAAGUUACAUAUAUUUUAUAGCUGGAGAAAAUGAAAAGAUUAAAUUCAUAGAAGAUCCAAUUAAAUAUACUUUUCACGAACCUCAUCAUCCGUGCGUACCUUUGAGAUUAGCCGUUAUAGGACCUCCGAAAUCUGGGAAAUCUACAUUAUGUAAACGUUUAGGGAGUAUGUUCGGUUUAAAAGUAAUCACGAUGGGAACCGCCAUCCGAUUCGUUUUGGACAACAUGAAAAAUAGCAAACUGAGAAAAACUAUAGAUAAUCAUUUGAAAAGAGGUUGCUUCUUACCUUUGAGCUUAAAAAUAGAAGCUUUGGCUGCUUGCUUGAACGAUCCACGUUGCGUGACGCAAGGAUUCGUUUUCGAUGGCAUACCUUUCGAUGCUGCUACCGCUCAAAGUUUGGCUGAAAAAAAAAUUUUACCAUUUGUUAUAUUAAGUUUAGUUUGCGAUUCUAAUUUUGGUAAAAAAAAAAGAUCCAUGUUAAAUUUAAAAGAAUAUCGUCUCCCUUACAAGCAAAGGGUUAAUUUAGACUCGAGGUACACGGAAUGGAAAGAAACCUACGAGAAAUUUUGCCAAUGGAAUAAAAAAACUUAUAAUAAUUUAUACGAAAUAAAUGCGAAGUCGAGUUUAUGUGAUAUUUUUUACGAGGCUUACGAUUUAUUUAAAAAUCCUUAUUUCGGGAUUUUGAAUUACGUUGAAUUUUCCACGACGGAAAAAGUUUUACCCCUAAAAUAUUUGUGCGUUACGAAACAAGAGUUCGAAUGUAGGAGAAGUGAUAUUUUGGGAAAUUGUCCGGUGUGUUGGGGAAAAUUUCACAGGUUAAAAUCAACGACAGAAGAUAAAAUCUAUGCGGGCCUCGUUCAAUUCAAUAGUCAUUUCUAUUGGGUGUGCCAUAGUCACUUUGAUGAAUUUUUAAACCAUCCGAAAAAAUUCCUACCGCCACACGUUCGUCCCUGGCCAUUACAUUUUCCUACGAGAUUGGAUUCGCAAGAAAAAGAAACCAUCCGAAACAAAUAUGGACUUCACGGACACGGACGUUGCGCGGUUACGAAAAUCGAUUUUCCCAGUAGUUUGGAUUGGGAGGGUUCUUGGGAUUACGCAGCAUUAUAUUUUAACGAAAUAUAUUUAUUCAAAAAUGAAAGCAUGCUAGAAAGAUUUAUGACUUUGCCCUGGCGUUACGGUCAUGCUGACACAGCGUUCGAAGGAUCUCACUAUAAAUCUCAAGCCGUUGAAAAACUUGGUCCCCCGAAAGUAACUUCUCUUCCACCGAUGGGAUUCCUAGAGCAAACCAUAUCGAAAUUAAUUCACAAAGCUUUGCACGUUUUGGGAUCCGUUCGACCGAUUUACCCGAAAUUAAAUCCCUCCUGCACGGGUUGUGUUUUUUUGGCUCUCUUUUUAAAAGUCCACAACGAAAAUAAAAAAAUAACGUGUUUGGAAAAAGAAUAUUUAGAUUUUAUGUAUUACUAUUGUAAAGCGUACAGGUUUAAAAUUCCAUUUUACGUCAAACGCGAAUCGGGUGGUCUUAUAGAAAACGAUUUGGACAUGAGUGUUGUGAAUGAGUCUCGAGCCACACUUUCGGAAAAUAAAUCGUCUCAGGGAACGUUAUAUUCUGGCUUAUCCGAAAUAUCCUUUGACGAAAUCAGGUGGAAAGAUGUGGAAAAUCAAGCGGAUAAAAAAAUAUGGAGUGCUAAAUAUCAAAGCAGUCAUUACGAAGAAAUGAUAUUAACGGAAAAUAAUGAAUUAAACGCCAUACCCGAAAUACCGAGGAGACAAGUCGUUUUGAGCGUCAAACCCGACAUUAAAAUACCCGAACCUUUCAACAUAAACUCACUAUACCAGGAACCUCUCGCGUUUAAUUUUCCAUACAAUAAAGCAAACGUUAACAAUCCGGAAAGGCAAUUUUCAUAUGAAUUAUAUUCGAAUUCACAAAUAAAAAAAAUUGAUUCGGAUACGAAUAUGAAAAAUCAAUCGGAAAGCGUAACGGAAAAAAUAUUACGAAGCGAUUCGGAACAAAACGUUCACGUUCAAACGAAAGAAGACAUGUUGAAAGCAGCCGAAGGAAUAUUCAUACCGAGAUUUAGCACUUUCGAUGUGGUUCUACCCCAGAGAGACACGGAAAAAGUUAAAGUCGUUGAAUUUUCACCGAUAAUAUACGAGCCACAAAGGGAUUACACGUACACCAUGAUGCUCUCUCAUUUUAUAUGUACGUCUCACGUUUUAAAAUGUUUCGAAUGGAAAGAACUCAAAGCGUACAUCGAGUACGGGAGUCUCUAUAAUAAAAAUAUUGGUUUAAGCGUGGCACAAUCGCAAUUCAUAUUCAAACCCCAAGUUAAAACAUCCGAGAAAUCCAUGAAUUCUUUAAGCAGCUAUCAGAGAAUAUUUGAAAAUGCAAACAACGCAUUCAUAUACCAAGAUGCAUUUUCAAGUAAAGGAGAAAGUACGGAACCAGAAUCGAACGCGAGCUCGGAUCAUUCACUUUAUAAUUACUUACAAUUGAUUAUAUUGGAAAAAUUAGAUGAAAUUUUUCUAAGAAUAUCGAAAUCCGAUUUAUCAUACGAUUCGUACGAAACGGAAAUAGUUUCUAUGAGUUCGGAAAACGAAAUCAAACCGCAAAAUAUGAUGGUGAUAAGAGAAAUACUACCGUAUCCGCCAUUGAUUUGGGACAUAUACAGCAGGCCUUAUUAUUCAUACAAUUCCAUACCGACGAUAUUUCGAAUCCCCGCGUUGGAUAACAUUGCACACGUACGACACGUGUCUCUACUCGAUGGAAUCGUGGAACCUUGUGAAAAUUUCAGAUUCGUUCGAUAUCCGACUUGGGUUGAUCAAAGACCGGAAACGUCCGUCGAAGCUUUUCGGGGUGAUCCAAAUUUUUCACAUCUCGCCGAUACAAAUUUUCGGAAUUUUUAUUUAAUAUACGACUUUUUUAAUUUAAAAUGGACUUCGUUUUUACCUUAUCCGUUGAAUUUAAAGAAUAGCAAAGAAUGGGAAAAAAGAUUUUCAAGUCUCGAUGAUGUUAAUAAUCCAUAA